UGUGUUUCACAAAAGCUGCUUUGUUUGUGCAAUAUGCAACUCAUGGCUAAACCACUUUAACUACUGCUUUGUUCCUGACCAUGACAAGUUCUACUGCAUUCAACACUAUCAGGAUAUUGAGAAUGCCAGUUUUGGAUUAGGAGAAGAUAUCCGUCAUGCAAUGGGUAUAGGACCAGGAGUACAACAGCAGUUUAAGUUUACACCAGAUGCUAUAGAUGGUAGCAAGGACACCAAAGGAGUGGACAAGGUGCAGAAUUCAAUCAGAAUCAUGAAAGAAAAAAUAUCACUACUUAGCAAAAGAGGAAAGAAGCUGAUAAAGAAAGAGAGGAAACUGAAGGCUAACCUUGGCGAGUUAAAAGGUUCCGAUUCUGAGAAACAAACACUAUGGGUUGAAUGGUUUAGUGCUGUACAGGAUAAAAACAGUACAGUCAGGAGGGAAGCAGAGCUCUCAUUCAAGGUCAGAGAGCUGGAGCUGGCAGAAAAGUACUCUCGAUUGGAGAAAAAGCUGAGAGAAUUAACAGAAAAAGAUGAAAAUAUAAAGACAGAGUAUGACAAGUCUAAAGAAAAUGAAUUACUACAAGAGAUGCUUGAGGUGGUUGAGAAAAGAGAACAACUGAUAUCUGAAGUAGAGAAUGCCAAGAAGAGGUACGCUGAAGAAGACAAUGAAAUAGAGAAAGAAAGAAGAGAUGCAGGACUGAAUGAUCCUGAUGUUGUAAGGGAGGUGACUGCUGUUGGAAAGGAUGCCCAGAAAGUAUCAGAAGCUGUCAAAAAAGCACCAAGUGCUGUCAAAAAACAAUCAGAGUUUAUGUGCCCUGGAUCUUGCACUCUGCUUUGAUACUGAAGUGGAGUAAAAAAAUUAGAACUUUAAACUUUUGUCAAUUAGUACUAUGUUAAAAGAGUUAAAAACUUCUGUGAUAGUUUUAAAUUACAAAGUAAAUGUAAUUCCUGGAAGUUUUAUGUGAAAGUAUUAUCUUGCAUAGCAUUAUGAAGUCAUGGUCAAAUUAUUAAAAAUUGCUGUCAUACAAAGAAAAAAUUAGCUCUCAGCAAUUAGUACCUGUAACUUAUUAGUGGCAACAACACAUCUCUGUCAGGCAGUCAAGUCCAAAGGAUCUCUCUAACCAUGUAAAAUCAAGGUAUAAAUAAUCAUGUAAUCUAUUGAUAUGAACACUAGCCUCUCUUGGUUACCAGUUACCCCUCAAAGAAUUGCAUUUUCUUUCCAUUCUUACUGAAGGCUUUCUUUACUCAGUAUGGUAUUACUUAUGACUGUCAAAUGAAACUUCUGUUGUUGGUUAUAUGUGCAUUAGGCAUCAUGAUACAAAGUCUUUCAUCAUGUGGUGUUGCCUGGUUAAGCCAGAGCAAAUCAUGUUGUGGUUGUAGCUCAAGGUGAUUCACAUGAUGGCUGUAAGCAAAGAAUCCUCAGGCACUAACCCCAAAGACACUCUCCAGAAUUUUGUAAUUAAUAGUUUGUUACUUGAUGACAAACAAAAUAACAGACAAAUAACCAAUAAAGUAUAGGACUGUUGUAGUGCGUCUGUAUGUUAUUUUGGUUAAGUAAGUAGUACAGAUGCACCAUGGCUGUUGCCAUGGUAUGAGUGAAAAUAAAUAAUGGAAGUGUUGUGAUCUUUAUGUAUUAACUGAAAACUUAAUUUUUAUGGUUUGUUUAUCUGAGGAAUUAAAAAACAGCUGGCUUGA